AUGUCUCCUAACCUGGAAAGCCCAGUUCAGACUCAAAUGGCUGUUGCAGUCCUGAACCGUGUUCUGACCAGAGAGCACCAUGCCAACUUAUCUGACAGCAAACCUGCUGGUAGAAGACGUGUAUUUGUGCAAACUGAUACAGGAUGUGUCCUAGGCAUAGAGCUGGAUCGCAGUGACAAUGCCCAUACUGUCAAAAGGAGGUUGCAGGUGGCGCUCAAUGUCCCCACGGAGGAGAGCUCUCUCACUUUUGGUGACAUGGUCCUCAAGAAUGAUCUCAGUGCUAUCCGCAAUGAUUCCCCGCUGCUUCUCACCAGGAACUUUAUGCACAGGAGCUCAUCCACUCCAUGCCUAUCACCCAAUGGCAAGGAUCUUCAGCAGAGGGAUAGAAGUGGCCCCAUCGAAAUCCUUUGCUGCUCUAGGGACUGUGCUGAAACAAAACAUCUUGUGAAGACUGCUAUGAAGGCUAUUGAGAGUGGUGUGGAUCCCAUCCCCGUGCACAGUGGUCUUGGAGGUGCGUACUAUUUCAGGAACUCCAGUGGUGAGAGUGUUGCUAUUGUGAAACCAACAGAUGAGGAGCCAUUUGCCCCAAACAAUCCGAAAGGAUUUGUGGGCAAAGCCCUUGGCCAACCUGGUCUCAAGCGUUCGGUGCGUGUUGGGGAAACAGGGUUCAGGGAGGUUGCUGCGUAUCUUCUGGAUCAUGGCCAUUUUGCUAAUGUUCCUCCUACUGUUCUUGUCAAGAUUAACCAUUCCAUCUUCAACAUCAAUGAAGUCAACGGUAGUUGUAGCAAGGCUCAUGAUAGAAGGCGGAAGGUUGUCAGUAAGAUUGCAUCGUUCCAACAGUUUAUUCCUCAUGAUUAUGAUGCCAGUGACCAUGGAACAUCAAGCUUUCCUGUUGCUGCUGUGCACCGGAUUGGUAUUCUCGAUAUAAGAAUCUUCAAUACGGAUAGACAUGCUGGUAAUCUGCUAGUGAGGAAGCUUAAUAAUGGUGCUAGUGCGAUUGGAGGUCAGGUGGAGCUCAUCCCCAUUGACCACGGUCUUUGCCUUCCUGAGAGCCUUGAGGACCCCUACUUUGAAUGGAUCCACUGGCCCCAGGCUUCAAUUCCGUUUUCUGAGGAAGAACUCGAAUACAUUGCCAAUCUUGACCCCAUUGAGGAUUCGGAAAAGCUUCGGACAGAGCUGCCGAUGAUACGUGAAGCAUGCCUGCGGGUUCUAGUCCUCUGUACUAUCUUCCUCAAGGAGGCAGCGGCUUUCGGCCUUUUCCUUGCUGAGAUCGGUGAGAUGAUGAGCCGGGAGUACAGAGGGGCCGAGGAGGAGCCGAGUGAGCUCGAAGUUGUCUGCAUGGAAGCCAGGAGACUUAUUGGCGAGAGGGAGUCAUUUCCUCCAGUUGAAACAGGGGAGGAAGAACACUUCCUGUUCGAUUUAGACGGCGAAGAUGAUGAAUCAUUUCCGUUAAAAGCAUCCUCCAAUUACCACUUUGGACUCAAGGCUGGUGUCCCCCGAAACCCUCUGUCAAAGCUCGAGGAGAGCAUGGAGGAAGGAGAUGGGAAUGAAGACGGCACCGUGGAAGAGGAGAGUGGUCACUCCACACCGUCACUUUCGUUUGGCCAACUGCCUACCAUCAACAAGCUCUCCUUGUCGCUGAAGGUCAUCGGGCUUGGUGGCAAUAGUCAGUAUCUUGCAGGCGGUGCAAAGAAGUCCGGCAAUGGCCAGGGCAGCUCAGGCGGUGGCGGGGGCAUCUGGAGCAGCCGGAGCGCCAAUGAGCAGCUGCCGGUGAGCGGCUGCUUUGUGAAGCUGGCCGACAUGGGGCACGAGGAGUGGGGGGCUUUCCUAGACAAGUUCCAGGAGCUGCUGCUGGGGGUGUUCCGUGGGCGCAAGUCUGUGGCCCCAGGCCAGCGGCAGAGGCAGAGGCUGGGAACUUCUUGCCAGUUUUGA